AUGUAUGCAAUGGUUCCCGUGCGCGCUGUACCUUGCCAACUGGUGCUUUUGAUGGCAGAAGCACCUGCUUUUUCAGCCUCCACCGCUCCUCUUACGUUCUCGCUGCCGCAGAGGUUGACCUUGCGUUUUCACUUGGCAACAUCUGGCGCCGUGCUGGGAAACCUGGAUGUUGCUUUGCCAUGGAAUUUCAAUGCUGAAGAGGUGGCAAAGUCUUUGGACACUUGCUUGCUUGGACUGUCCGUGAUGAAUGGACUUUCCAUGCCACUGUUCCAAUACUUGUCCCCCACCGCGAGGGAAGCACAAGCAGAACACUCAUACCUCCCCCUGACUUCAUUGGCGCUCGAAGAGCCAGUCUUCAGCACAGAGCAGGUCGAUGAGUUGGAAUUGCUGCUGGUGGCGACGCGGCCUUUACUGGUCAAUCUUCGAGGCCUUCACGUCGGGGAGCGAUCAGCUGGCUGGAGGCGGUGGUCCAAAGAAUUCCACCAGUUUGUGCAAGACCUUCCUCUUCCAGAGUUGCGCCUCCAAACCGUGCCGUCCUAUGGCAUCAAGAAUCGCCAGCAAUGCUUUGGAAAAGCCGAUGUUCGACGCUUGGACCGAUUCGGGCGGCAGCGGAAAGAGGUCGACCUUUCGCUUGGCGAGGGCCUGCAGCUGGAC